GAGCUUGGGGAAUGUUGCGCGGCCAUGCUCCGCGCACUACACCCCGAUUUUAUGCUGCCCCUCGUCGGACACUCCGGACGCGAGAUGGUGGUGCAUGCUAAAUCUCGGCUGAAGUCCCUCCGAGACGAGUUGCAGGCGGAGCGUGGACGGGCUGCGGGCGAAGGGGACGACGAGGCGGUGAACGCUCUGCAAGCGCGGGUCGAACAACUCGUGCAGGAGAAGGAGCAGAUCUUAAAAGAGAAACAGCAUAUCACCGCGCAUUUGAGGGGGGCUAACACGGAGCUGGAGAACGAAGUCGCCGAGAUACGCGAAGCGACGCGUGUGCGGGACGAAGAGAUCAAGAAGAAAACCGAGACAAUCACUACUCUGCAAGGCAGACUGUCUGAGAAGGAUGACGAGCUGCGUUCAUGCGAAGAGAUUGUGAAGGAGAAUCAGGAUACCGUUGCAUGCCUUACUGAUGCUAACUCUCGGCUGGAGAGCGAGGUCGAAGAGUUGCGCGAGGCGUUACUAGCUCAAGACGACCAGAAGAGGCGGAUACUCGCGUCUCUGAAAGCAAAGCUCCAGAAGAAGGAAGAAGAAGUGCGUGCGUGCGAGGAGAGUAAGAAGAGCAUAGAGACCGAGAGAGAUCAGGCUCGCGCUGUAAAGGGCAAAGCUAUCAGCGCUCUGAAGGCGCGCACCGAGGCAUUGAAAACCCUUACGAACGAAAGAGACGAACUGAAAUCCAUGAGCGAGAAGUACAAGGCGGACGUAGAGAAGGCUGAACAAUUAGCCUGGUACUAUGGAUGGGCCGGCCAGUUCGAUAAAUUCUUAAAGUUCAUGCAAGCUCUUCCUGAACCUACUGACGUGCUACCUACCGGCGACAAGAUUCGACCAUGCAUAACGACUGUGCACAUUGGCGCUACCCCACGCGUAUCGGAGAUCUACAGUGAAUCUGACGCCGUUCUGUACCUGCCGGACUUGCCUCUGUGGGCGCCGAACUCCGGAAACGGGAUUGCCGUCGUGCAUGUCUACGAAUACAACGCAAAUGAAGAGACACCCAAGUCGAGAUGGACGCUCAACAAUAUGGGCAACGAUCUGCACGAACAGGUCCGCGAGCUAUUCUAUAGGGACGAAGACGGGAGCGUGCGCUAUGCGGGGACGUACAAGCUCCACCGGGGGCCGGUCCUCAUGGGCGUGCCGGACCUUGCUAACCUCAACAUGAAGCCAAACGCCGCGAAGAUGCUGGCGCGCCGAACUCUGGCACCAUCCGAUCAAAGUCAAUCUGUGUUCAAAGCGACGGAGGGUGCAUAUGCGAUGGGCCUGCUGCCCGUCGGAUUAAUCGGUUUACAAUGCUUGGGCUACAAGACUGGCUUCGAUGAUCGUCUCCGAGAGUACCCUAAGCCUGUGGUCAACAGGGACUUGUCAGCGAAGCGCAAAGUCGAGACAGGCACGAUCGUGGAUCCACGGAAGAGGGUGAAAGCAGUCGCGGAUCAGGCAGCAACAACGGCGCCAAAAUCAGUGGUCAGAACAGCACCGAAGACGGCGGCGAGAAGGGUGGCAAAGGCAAAAUCGAGAGCAAAGGCGGUCAGAUUUGUGAUAAAAUGCGAGUAAUCCAAUGUUCUGUCGUCUAUAUUUCCUGUAACGACAGACUUGGUCGCCAUUUCCCCAUAGUAUGCACAUUGAUUAAUACUUACGGUGGUCCACAAUGGAU